AUCUAGUCGGUUGUGGUAGAUAGAUUUGACAGAGAGCUAAAGUUGAAUUCUCUUUUGCCUCGUUGACCGUUCCGAUCAUCUUCCUUAAAGAGAGCUGAAGUCGAAUUCUCGCGUUUCUAAGGUGUGAUUCUUCCUUGUUCAAUCUCUCUUUGUGGUUAAAUGGCAUAAGAUUGAUUUUGAUUCCACGCUUCUAAGUUGAUUUCGAUUUCGAUUCCGAUUCUUCUCUUGCUGGAUGAAUAGAUACGAAUCAUUAUACUUUGAUGUUAAUCCCGCAAUUCAGGGUAUGUUCAGUUCAAAUUAUUGCAGUUUAUCCCCCAGAGGAAAUUUCUCCUCUGACAUGCUCAAAUACAUAAACAACGUACUAAUGGAGGAGGACGAUUUAGAGGAUAAAGCUUGCCCGCCGAUCCAUGAUUCCACACUAACUGCAGCAGAGCAAUCCUUGUGCGAUGUACUUUAUGACAGGCAACCUCUCUUGCACCAUAGUAGUUUUAACUCUCAAAACAGUAGCAACCUUUUUGAACCCAGUAUGGUUAGUGAUCUCAAUUCAUGUCAAUCCAAUCAUGUAUGGCUUCCUCUGGUCGAUGAUAAACUGCCUGAAUUUCAAUAUGGAAUGAUUUCCAAUAGUGAAUCGUCGUUUAAUUUAAUGGAAGGAGAUUUUAGGGUUUCUUGCAAUAAAGAUAGAUUGGUUACUCAUGGUGAAUCUGUAGAUGUAGAAAUCAACUCUUAUAGAGGGAAGCGAGUAUUAUUGCCAGAAAACUUGAUUAGGGUUAGAAAAACACUCGACCGAGAAGAGGAAGAUGAAAUGGAAGAAAUGAGGUGUAAUAAGAUGUUGGCUUCAAGCUCUGCUACUCAGGAAGAGUUAAUAUUGCAUGAUAUGUUUGACAAGAUGCUAGUCCUAUGGGGUGGGGAAAAUGAUUGUUCACCUGUGAAUGAAACUUUAAAGUCAAUCUAUAGUAGAAAAGGAUCAAGCAAAAGGGAAGCUGUUGAUACAAGAAGUCUCUUAAUUCAAUGUGUUCAGGCUAUUGGAUGCAAUGAUCAAAAUUGUGCGAUUAAACUUCUUAAGCAGAUAAGACAUCGGUGUUCUUUAGUAGGUGAUGGAACCCAGCGGCUGGCUCAUUAUUUUGCAAACGCCCUGGAAGCCCGUUUGGCCAAUUCGGGUUUCCCAGGAUACAAGAAUGUAGUUGAGAAAGAUAAGACAUUUUCUGAUACAGCAGUAAUAAAAGCUCUUGAACUGUUUCUAUCGAAAUUCCCUACUGUGGUAACAUCUUAUCUUUUUGCAAGCGAUAUGAUUAUCAGCUUAAACGAUAAUAAAUCAACUAGCAUUCACAUUCUUCAUUUUGGGAUUGUCCACGGCCUUCAAUGGCUUCCCUUUAUUCAAACACUCUCAGGAAGAGUUGGCGGACCUCCAAAGCUUCGAAUAACUGGAAUAGACAUUCCUCAAUCCGGUUUUCGACCAGCUGCAAGGGUAGAAGAGACAGGACGACGUCUGGCUAGCUAUUGCGAAAGAUUCGGUGUUCCAUUUGAGUACAAUGCUAUCGCAGCGAAAUGGGAAACAUUAAGCGUUUCUGAUUUCAAAAUUAAGGAAGAUGAAACAGUUGUUGUCAAUUGUUUGUACCAGUUUAUGUACUUACAAGACGACACAGUUUCUAAAGACAGUCCAAGGGAUGCGGUUCUCAAGUUGAUUAGAACAAUCAAUCCUGAUCUUUUCAUCCAUGGAGUAUUAAACGGAGCAUUCAGCUCCCCAUUCUUUGUGUCGCGCUUUCGUGAUGCGCUUUUCCAUUUUUCUGCGUUUUUUGAUAUGUAUGAUGCUAUUGUAGAAAGGGAUAACCAGGAGAGGUUGAUUUUGGAGAGGGAGCUUUUGGGGAAAGAAAUACUGAAUGUUGUGGCUUGCGAAGGAUUGGAGAGGAUUGUGAGGCCGGAGACUGUUAAGCAGUGGCAAUCGAGGACUUUGAGGGCUGGUUUCAAACAGGUUCCUGUUGGGAAAGGGACUGUUAAGAAAUUGAAAUCUAUGGUGAUUUCGAAUUACCAUAAAGAUUUUAUGAUUGAAGUUUCUAAUCAAUGGGUUUUACAGGGUUGGAAAGGACGAGUGCUUUUUGCACUUUCUUGUUGGAAACCUGCUUAAUUAGAUUGUUAUGUAGAAUUCACCAAACAUUUAGAUUUUGGGUUUGGUGGAUUUUGUUUACCUUUUGACUAUUUGUUUGUAUUGAUUGCUACAUCCCUUGAACUAUGGGAUUUAUGCUCAGUUUUUUACUGGUCUCCUUUUUGCUCUUUCAUAUGUAUAGUGUGGCCAGGAUGACUCCCGACAUUUGAUCUUUAUUUUCAUCCAAAUAUUGUUAUGCUAGUUAA